UUUUAUUAUGCAAUAAAUUAUUAUGAAAGACAUUUGUUAUCGAAUAAAUCAAUAAAAACAUUUAUACUACUUUUUAAUAUAUUAUAAGAUAAAAUUGUCUAACAUUCAUUCGUUGUUAAGAAAAUUCCAACUAUUCUUGAAAGUUCAUGGCUAUAUGCACAUCUGUCCGACAAUGAUUCGUUGCUAGGCACCCUCUCGCAGAGUAAGGAGGAUAUAGACUUUUCUCGAUCUAGCAACUAUUUCGCAGCGAUCAAUAAUUAGGUCAAUAAAUAUGUUCAGUCAGCCGCUGCAAGCUGAUAGCAUCAUAGCCAACAUUAUGCAUUUCCUUUUCACAAAAGGAUAUCUAGAAACAUCCCUAGUAUGUAUAAAUAAUUAUUUAUUUCAAAAUUUGGUUUUUUAAUUCUCACUAGUAGAUCACCUAUAAUUUUAUAGAUGCAUUAGCUUACUGAUAUCACUCUAUUUAUUAUAUCUACUUACUAAAAAGUUGAAAAUAAAUAUUUUUUUCUUUGAAAUUAAAAAAUAUUAUUUUUUGUUAUACCACGUAAUUAUUAAUUGUUAUUUGAGACUCAUAAACUUUAUAAUCAGAUAUAUUUCCAAAAAGUUACAAGAAUUAUCCUCCAAAUUUGAAGUUUCAAGAUUUAAACCUCUGAAUCAUAUUCUUGAAUGAUCUGUUGAAGAGACACAUUCACCUUCUCCCGCAAGGUCUACCGAGUUAUGCAAUUAAAACAAUAAUCAUGUUCGCUCUCAACAACAAGCAAUUUCAAGUUAAUUAUGAUACCCCAUCUCGUAAUUCAUACCGACGAUGCAUUGCAAAGUAUACUCUCCAUUCCUAGUACAGUACUUUCCUGCAGUUGUACUUCAAGAAAUGAUGAUAAUAUUGAUCAAGCACAAUCUGUUUGAACAAGAGAUAUCCUGUUUUAUUAUAUAAAUAAGCUUUUUGGGCGUACAAUUUAUUUUCUUUUACGAGUCAACAAAUAGGCUUACGGAAAUUGAACUUCCCCGAUAACAAAUGUUUCAUACGCUCAAUCAAUCGAUGCGGUAAGCGUUUUGCGUUUAUUUACACCAGCGAACGGAAGUUAAUGUUGAUGUAUGUAUGCCAUGAGGUGGAAGGUAUUGUAAAACCGUUAUGUAAAAGACGUGACAUUCGUAUUGCCAUGUAUUUUGUGCCAUGGCCAUACGCAUACAUUUCAAUAACAGGGAUAGGGUCAGUUGACCAAAUUAACUACUAGAAUUAAUUAAUUAAGUAUAAAGACUUUGCGGAUUUUGUUACAAAUUAAAUAGAAAUUAAUGCAAAGAAUUUUGUAAAUUGCUAUAAAAGUUAUUUUAAAAAUCUGUUUAAUAAUAAACGCAGAAAAUGGAGCAGUGAUGUACGACAGAAAUAUGCACAAUACAGAUUAAACAUCUCACGCUUAUAAUUAAUUCAACAUCAAUUCAAACCCGGAAACGCACACAUUAUCAUCAAAAUGAUAAUGCCCAAGAGUUUCUUUAGGAGGAUCAGCAAGGAUUUUAAGUCAAAGGAGCUGAUGCCUCUAAAGAUAAUAUUUUUUGUUCAAGCUUCCACACUUCACGUGUUGUAUCCGUACUUGACUGUACAUAUGAGAGAACUGGGAAUAAACAUAGAAGAGACUGCAAUAAUGAGUUCCAUCACUCCUCUCGUGGCCAUGGUGAUGCCGCCGCUCGCCGGCAUGUUAGCCGACCGAAUAGGAAAUUUCAGAAUUUUACUAUCGGCGUUUUCCGCGUUCGGAGGUUUAGCGGCGUUGUUGCUAUUACUGGUGCCAAUCGGCAGAGUGACAGUACAUUUCCCCGAGAGGAUAAUCAUGGACCUCGGCUGCGAUGGCAGAAACGGUUCGUUAUUACACACAAUGAACCUGGCUUAUCCGUGUGAGACGAAAUUAGAAUCGGAGAUUGCUAUAAAAGUAGAAAGUUGUGGAUUCGUGUGUCACGUGGAAACGAGCAACGAGACGAAUCGAAGCCUAAUUCUAAAAUCGAGGUUUUAUACGGUUCAACAUAUCAAUUUUCAGACUGGCGUUAAUACCUCGUACAAAUAUAUUGUUGCGCAGAGCGACUUAUCAACGAGCACUAGUCAGCAGGAAAAUAUGAAGGAACAUCGACAAUUGAAAAAUAAUGAGUUCUUCAAAACUGCCAUCCGGCAAGUUUCGAAAACGCGCUAUUUCUUUCCUACGGACCAGCAGCUACCAUUUUCAUGUAUGUCCCAAUCGGGACCCAUUCAACACACUGAUAACUUCACUACCGAUAUAUCGCGUAGAAUGUACAGAAAUAGUACUUCAUGCACGUUCGGUAGUUUAAUGAAAUCGAAGGAUAUUGUCAACCGAACGAUAAAUUAUCAUUUGUACAAAUCAAAAAUUAAAAGUUUGAAACCGGAUGAAGAUGAUUUACGAGAAGAACAGCAAAGAUAUCUAACGGAAGAAAUAUCCUGGGCAGGAGAAGAUUUUCAAAGACCUAUUUGCGAUGAUCCAGAUUCUAUAAAUAAUCAAAUCUCUAUACAAGUGCGGCUCUAUGAUCACGAAGCGAAUCUAAAAUCAACCAAGCGAUUCUUGAGUGCAAAUGAGUGCAGAAAGAAAUGCAUAGUUACUAUGCCUCGCAACGCAAUAUGCUCUAACAUGAAUAUGGAAAUUGAAUACAACAUAAAGCUAACAUUCUGGCUUUAUCUCGGCAUUCGAGUAUUCAUAGGUAUCAUUGGUGGUACUACUUUUGCCAUGUUCGAAGGUGCUGUGAUAGCGAUAUUGCGAGAGCAAGAGGCGGAUUACGGUCUUCAAAGAAUUUACGGCAGUAUAGGAGGCAUGAUUUCCUCACCCUUAUCGGGUCUUCUCAUAGACUACGCUAGCAAAGAUAAGGGAUACACGGAUUUUAGACCAGCAUUUUAUCUGUACGCGGCACUGAAACUUGUAUCAGGCAUUCUCAUGUUGAUGAUCAACUUAGAAUUCAAGGCACCCUCCAGACAUGUCGUGCGUGACGUCUUCACUGUUCUAAGGAACAUCGAAACUGCUACGCUUUUCUUAGCUUGCUUUAUUCUCGGCACCGCCUGGGGAUACAUCGAGUCGUUCCUCUUCUGGCUAAUCCAGGACCUGGGUGGAUCUAGCUCGCUCAUGGGUAUCACGGUAGCGGUGGGCGGUAUCGCUGGCGUACCGUUGUUGGCACUCUCGGGGCCGAUAAUAUCAAAGAUUGGUCACGCAAACGUGCUUUUCAUAGGUUUCGUGUUUUACGCCAUCAGGCUUUGUGGCUAUUCUUUGAUUUACGAUCCUUGGCUUACUUUAAUCUUCGAGGCAUUAGAGUCGGUUACAACAUCCCUCAGCUUUACAGCAGCCGUCACUUACGCGGCAAAAUUAUCGUCCACGUCUACCGACAGCUCGAUACAAGGAUUGCUCGGCGGUGUUUACUAUGGAGUUGGCAAAGGCUCCGGCAGUUUAAUCGGAGGUUACCUAAUGAAAGCUUUUGGUACCAGAUCGACCUAUCAGAUUUUCGCUGUGGUAACUUUAAUGACCGGCAUAGUGUAUUUUAUAUUCAAUGCGACUUAUUUAAAGAAGCGAUCUCAACUCGAAGGUAAUGAUAUCGUGAAGAAGAAACCGAAAAAUAUUAACAAACAAGAUAACUCCGAGAAGCAAACGAAUGAUAUUAAUCUCGAUGAAAAGUCGCAAAAUGAACGAAUAAAUAACAAAAACAACACAAUGGAAAACGAUAAUAAAGGAUUUUUGAAAGAGGAAUCACAAAAUAAUAGAAAAAUAGAUGAACAGAAUCCAACUGAGAUCGAAGUUAUCAGAAACGUUAAAAACAUUGAUAAAAUUGAACAAAAUCCAGUUAAAAAACAUGAAGACAAAUCAACGAUAAAGAAUAAGACGAUUGAAAAAAAGAUUAAAGAAACCGACACGCAAGAAAGCUGUUUUAUGAAUCCUAAUUUUGUGAUUGACAAUUUAGAUCAGAGUAAGAUCACGGUGGAAAACGAGCAGAGCGUAUCUCAAAACGAUAAACAUAUUGAUUGAGUUUAUAGGAGGAUUUGUGAUUUAACGGUAGACAAUUAUUAAGGAAUUGGCUGCAAUUUUACUUUGAGAAAGAGAAAGAAAGAUGAAUUAAAAAUUUAAUAUAUAAAUUAUUUGAAACAAAAAAUGUAUUCUCUUCAAUGUUUAGUUUUCUGUUAAAUAAUAGAAAAUCUAAAGAUUAUAAAAAAUAUGCAUUAAUAAAAAGAUCAAAAUUUAAGUGACUAAAUCAACAAAUUUAUCAAUUUUCCUUAUAUGUGAAAAUACAUACGCAUUAAAACUUUACUAUUCAACUUUUUAAUAAACAACGAUUAAAAUCUUUUGAUAAUUAUUCAAAAUUAUGAUCUUAAUAAUAAAAUCACACGUAGCCAAUGGAACUAUUUACUUUUGAUUAAUAUUUACUAUUUAUAUAGUAUACAAUUUUAAUUUUUGUUUUUAGAAUACCAAAAUUUGAUUUUACUGAUUACAUCAGAAACAAGCCAUAUUGCAUCUUAGCGAAAGAUCUCUUAAAUGCAUUAUUAAUACAUUGCACAUAAUGUGUGUGUGUGUGUGUGUGUGUGUGUGUUGUAUACAUUAAAUAUAUAAUAUAUGUCAAUAUUGUAUUCUUCAUAGUCCAAAUCUCGUGUUUAUAAUAGUUUCAGCAAUACUUAAAUAUCACAACAUAAUUUGUAAUAUAUUCAAAUUUUCAUAUUCUCAAUAUAUUAUAAAAAUAAUCACUCUACUAUUAAUAACUUUUCGUAAUUUUCACUUUUGUUUUAAUUGUGCAUACACGAAAUGAAAAUUUAUUACGUAUUCUGUUUUUCUCCUCACUUUCUCAGUCUUCAUGUGUUCCUUAUGCAUAGUUAUAUAAAAAAAUAUAAAAUCAGUACAAAAGCAAGAACAAGCUGUUAAGUUUUAUCGUUAAAUCAAAAACAAAAUAUUGUAAAAGAUAUAGAUAAAUAAACUAUUAAUAAAAA